AUGGGUUGCUGUGAGAGUACUAACAGAGAUCUAUCCUCAGCUUCAUCCUCGCCAAAACACCAGAUUUCUCUUGUCCGCAAGAACCAGGUGCCACUGGGAUCCAAUUCUUCUUCCUGUACCAAAGCUUCAGAAAACAGAGCACCCCCUGACGUGGAGACUGUCAAGGAAGUUCUCUCAGAAACCCACAAAUGGAAGCCCCGAAUCACCAACUUGGAACCUCAAAAGACGCCUCAGAAAUCCCAAUUCCAUAAGUUUCCAGAAGUGAACAGCAAGAUCAGCAAGGUGCCGCUGCCCGUGAAAAAGGAAGAAGAGAUCUCUGAGGUUUCGGAGGUUUGCAGCUUGAGCGAGAGUAUGAUGUCGACCACUACAAUAGCUGACCGGAAAGAAGAGGAUGACGAAAUCCGCCAAAGGGUUAGCUCGUCUCCGGCGAAAAUGCGGAAAAAUCGAUCCUUUUCUGGCGACGGAAGGGAGAGGAUUGUGGGCAAAUCUCCGACCAAGAGGCCGGAGCAAUCCCCGGUUCGGAGGAAUAUCGGGUCGGCGAGGCUAACUCCAAGCAGAGACCAACUAGUUCGGAGUCAAACAAUGGGCAACAGAGGAAUGAGGAACGAGCCUCGCGGGCGGAACGCCGUCGAGAAUUCCUGCCGGAGAUCCAGGUCGCCUGCCAUGCGCACGGACAACGGAGCCACUAGAUCCGUCAUGGGUCGGAGCCCAUCGAAGAGAAGACCAAACCAGUCCCCUGUCCGUACCCGAGCCGCCACACCAGAGCGUGUCAGCCGGAGGAAAGAACAUCCUGGAACGGAAGGCAAAUGGCCGUCAGCGGCGGCGAACGAAUCAUUGGAGAACCCUCUUGUGUCACUGGAAUGCUUCAUAUUUCUCUAA